CACGCGUCAGAGUCUGUACGUCCCUCGCGCUAUGCGGAUCUUCGGUCCUGCAUUCCUCUUGUGACAGUCUGUUCUGUCGGCGAGGAUGAGACGCCUUCAGCCUGAGACCGAAGCAGCUCAAAAAAGCGUCGAGUGUGCACAUAUCAGAGCCUUUCCUGAAAGAAUUGCGUCCUAUUUUCAGUUUUGAAGCGAGUGGAAUAUAAGUAGUUGUGCUUCAUGACGUCUAAAUGCAUCUGAAGUUACACAUUUCCAAAGGAUAUGACUCACUAAAAGUGAAGUAAAUCGCCUCUGGGCCAGCGCCAAACACAUAGAAGGAUGUGUUUUCUUCUUCCAGUUGUUGAACAGCACUCAUAGAUAUGAAGAACUUCUUUGUGGACCCACUCUACAUCAUGUUCUGGAGACUUUCACCCUAAAACUACUUGAUAAAGUCACCCUUUGAGGUGUCCAGCUUCUCCUCCCAAUUAUUUAUUUUCUGAAAGAAAACCUUUUUGUCCUACAAAUAUGGGUCCAUUCAUGUCUCCAUUUAAUAACCUGCUAUGCAUGCUGCUGGGCAUCUCAUUCACUGUCUGGUUCACACUGCUUUUGGUCUUCAUCAUUGUUCCCGCCAUUUUUGGUCUGUCCUUCGGCAUCCGCAGGCUCUACAUGAAGACACUGCUGAAGGUGUUUGAGUGGGCUACACUGAGGAUGGAAAUAGGAGCAAAGGAGAAGAACCAUCUUCUAUACAAGCCUUACACUAAUGGCAUUAUUGCUAAAAAACCCACAUCGCUGGAGGACGAGCUCAAAGAGAUUCGGCGAAAUGUCAGCAACCAAGAGUUGGAUGGCCCCAAAGUUGGCUCCCCCACCACAGGCUCCGCCCUUUACUGCUCAGAGUUUGAAAUGUCAGACACCUUCUACUUUUUCCGCCGUGGCAUUGAAAGCAUCGUAGACGAUGAGGUUACCAAACGUUUCACGGCAGAGGAGCUUGAGUCAUGGAACCUGUUGACCAGAAGCAACUAUAACUUUCAGCACAUCAGCACCAGACUAACUGUACUGUGGGGUCUUGGAGUGAUCAUCCGUUAUGGCUUUCUGCUGCCUCUCAGGUUGACAUUAGCAGUCACUGGAGUGAGCCUAUUGGUUGUCUUCACCACCAUUAUUGGUCUUCUGCCCAAUGGGAGGAUGAAAAAUGUUCUCAGUGAGAAAGUGCACCUAAUGUGUUACCGUAUCUGUGUGAGAGCGCUGACGGCUAUCAUCACGUACCAUCACAGCGAAAAUAAACCCAAGAAUGGAGGCAUCUGUGUCGCCAACCACACGUCACCCAUUGAUGUCAUUAUUCUGGCCAGUGACGGGUACUAUGCCAUGGUGGGUCAGAUCCAUGGCGGACUGAUGGGUGUGAUUCAGAGGUCCAUGGUGAAAGCAUGUCCACACAUUUGGUUUGAACGCUCUGAAGUCAAAGAUCGCCAUCUAGUGGCGAAAAGAUUGAGCGAUCAUGUCAAAGAUAAAACAAAACUGCCCAUCCUCAUUUUCCCUGAAGGGACCUGCAUUAAUAACACGUCAGUGAUGAUGUUUAAGAAAGGAAGCUUUGAAAUUUGCUCUACUGUCUACCCUGUCGCCAUAAAGUAUGACCCUCGGUUUGGGGAAGCCUUUUGGAACAGCAGUAAGUUUGGGAUGGUGAAUUACCUGCUCAGAAUGAUGAGCAGUUGGGCUAUUGUCUGCAGUGUCUGGUACCUGCCUCCCAUGACCCGCCAGGAAGGUGAGGAUGCAGUGCAGUUUGCUAACAGAGUAAAGGCUGCCAUCGCCAGACGGGGCGGUAUGGUGGACCUGCUGUGGGAUGGCGGGUUGAAACGAGACAAAGUGAAAGACACUUUCAAAGAGGAGCAACAAAAACUCUACAGCAAAAUUUUGGUUGGAACGCAAGAGGACCGCAGUCGUUCCUGAGGAGAGAAUGAUGAAUCAGGUGAGGAGUAGAGGGCAAGAGAAGUUUCACAGGCCUGGUGGAUAUCAUUAUGACCCUGAUUUAGAUCCAAUUAAAAAAACUCUGUCCUUGUUUAAUUGUUCCUCUGUUUCAAAGGGACUGAGUUUGGUAAUUGUUAGGUCAAGUCAAUGAAGUGAGCGCUUCAGUCCAUAGUGGUCUGGAUGCUCAUCGUCAAGGAGUCAUUGGGACGUUUUUCUCUACUUUUCAUUUGUUACGUGGUUUGUUUGUAAUGUUGUUACCUUGUGUGUGGUUCUUUUGUUAUUUCUUUUAUCUUUUCUCAUUAUUUACUGUAUCGUCAUUUGCUUUUUUUUAAAUGAUUGAUGGUAAUCAUUAGGACUUUAUAAAAGAUUAAAUGUGAUGGCAGUGUUGUAUGUCCUUUGAGCAUGCAGUUAGUUUUAUACAGUUGGGUCCCAAAGUCUUUCAUUUAAUACAUAAUUUUUUAUUACAAAUUACAUUAUCAGCAUAACAAUUUGAGUGAGAAGUUGAAUUGAAACUACGUGAAUUUUACCAUUUCUUAAGACUUAGUACGUCACCAUUUUGCCUUAAUGACAGCAUGCACUUUAGGUGGUAUGGACUCCACAAGUUAUGAUCCAUGUCACUCAGUAUGACAGUGGAAGAAAGAAAUCAAACUUUUUGUACAAAGGAGUUAGCAUAGUGUCACAAAUAUGCGUACAUUUGACCUAGAACAAAUUGUUUGUUUACAAUAUUUCAAAAAGCAGAAUCUGUUCUGUUCAGGUUUAAAUGAAAAAAAAAAAUAUAUAAAGAUCACAGAUUUUCAAUGCGGUCAAAGACAUUUGGACCCCACUGUACUGUGGGUGCCUAAGAGCUUUCUGCUAAAGCCUUCACACACUUCCCUUCAUGUCUGUCUGCCACAUCUUUACCACAUGAGUCACUUUAAUUCAGUGGAUUUUAAAAGGAGGGUAAAUCAGCAUUAUGUGUGGGAAAACCUGCCAUCUAUUUUGAAGAGAUUUAGGUUAUACUUACCUUUACGGAUGGAGAUUCAAUUGCAACCUUUUAAAAUACCUCUGUAUAUACAUUACAUUCAAGCCUCUGUAAAUGUUUUUGGAAAGAAUUUGUACUACUUUAUGACAGGUCGUUUUGGAUUUGUUAUGUAAAAAAAAACAAAAAAAAAAAAAAAUCCAACUUUUAUUUCGUAUCCGGUCCUGCUGGACAUCACCAUUUACAUCUAACUGUCACAUUUUCUAAUAAGAGUCUUGUUGAUAUUGGCCAAGUUAUGGCCAAUUGAAAUUUCUUUAGAUUUAAAUGAAAACCAGACUUUGCAGUGUUUCAACAACGCUACACAGCAUGUAUAUGCAACUCUAAAACUCUUAUGAAACUCUGAAACUAAAUUGUGUAUAAUGAAGUGUUUUAGCAACAUGAAAUCCUGUAUGUAUUUUUGUUUUCUCUGUUGUUUCUAUGUGGAUAGAAUUGCACCACAGGCCUUUCCUUGUAUUUCAGAACUACAGUAAUGUGAAUUCCUUCAACUGUGUUUGGUUAAAAUCACUGAUGAACACAUUGUGUGUUUAGUUCAAAAGUUCAAGUGAUGUGGAGUCCCAUUUGUAAAGUCAUGAAUGGGUGAGAAUGCAGUUUCUGAAUCAUAUUAGCUUUUAGUAUAGUCAUGGUCAUUUCAAUAAGUCAGCAAUAAGAGUAUCAUUACUUUUUAACCCUUAAAUGCAUGGGCGUUCUGCCAAACAUUAUUGCGUACCUCAUGUCUUUAGCGCUAUUGCACUUAUAUCUAUCAAAAAAGGAUUAACAAAAUUCAUUAUUUCCAACAUAAAAUUUUAUGAGACUCAACUUUCUGUCAAACGCUUAUUGAAGCACACAACACAUAAGCUAACCAAAAGCUUACACAUAAGAGUCUAAAUUUACAGAAUUUCAGUAGUAAACCCAAAUGUCAAUAGCCAUAUCAUACUGUUCAUGUGUUACACUUGCUAUAGUUUACUUCCAUGUUGCUUCUUUGUCAAAUAGCAAUGUUCAAUGUAAAUCAAGUCAAUCACUGUAACAACAGCGACACCUUAGGUAACAAAUAGCAUGUAUAAUAUAUAUGUGUACAGUACACGCAUAUGGGAUACAGAUAGGUCACCAGCAUUUUUGUCCCGCUAAAAUUUGGCAGUUUUCAUAAGAAUCUCUGAUCCAACUUAAUCUUAUUAGUGUGUGCUAUCUGGCGAAUUCAGGAAUUCUAUGGGGAAGGCAUAGUUCAUGUUGUUGCUUGACUGGAUGGAAAAUAACCUAACGCAAUCCUAUUAAUGUUCACACACACACACACACACACACACACAGGAUGAUUUUUUGUUCCCCUUAGGGUCUCAAGAAAUGUAUUUGGAUAGUACGCUAUUAUAUAGUUUGUGAGUUUUGAUCCGGUGUCAGAUGUAACUCGCAUGGUGUGCCCAAAUAAUUUUUCACAUUCUCACAGUUCACUCACAAAUUUCACUCUAUUGGGCUAAAAUUAAACACAAUGUCAAUCUGCUGUACUUUAAGCUUUGAAUUUAAAGCAGAUGGGCAGGUGUAUUCUACUUUUAAAUUAAUUAGGUACUUACUUUCCAUCCGUUAGGGAUUGGUAUACUCCAGCCCUUCUGUCUUGAGCAUUAGUCAAGAUGGGGGAGGGGUAGUUCACUUCAUGCAAAAUCUGAGGUGUUGUUUGGGAAACAUGGCCAUAAUGAUGGUCGGGACAUUUCUGAUUUCUAAAAGUUGGUAGGGACAUGUCCCUAUCAUCCCUACCUAAAUUUACGCCUAUGGUUCACCACCAUUGCGCAGAAAAUCAUGAUAUAGUAGUAAUUUGUAUGAAUAUGGCACUCAUUUGUCUUGUAAUAAAGAAAUUGAUAUUCUGUGAUAGUAAACUUAAAUAUAAAUUAAGUACCAAUAAAAAUAUUAUUUAUAGAAGUGGAAAUUUAUAUAUAUAAUAUACAGGGGCGUAGAUUCCGGAGGGGAUGGGGGGGAGGUAACCCCCCCAAAAAUCAAAACAAUACUAAAUCUUUUAAAAAUGAGUUACACAAGUAGAUGUAAAAGUACUAAUGUUAAUAAUUACUUGAGUAAGAGUAAGAAAGUAUCGAAUUAAAAGAUUACUCAAGUAGCGAGUAACUAGUUACAUUGCAAAUUACAUUGCAAAGAUCUGAUUUUAACACCUUGCGUGCAUGAAUCAUGUGCCUAUGUCAUCCUUUAUACCUACUGUUACAGUGAUAGUUUAAAAAUGAAAAUGAUGAUAUCAUUUAUUCACCCUCAUGUUCUAAACCAGUAUGACUUGGACACAAUGAACACAAUUAAGGCGAAGUUAGAAUUUUAGCCUCACCAUUCACUUGCAUUUGUUUGUCAUUUUUGAAAGUGAAUGGUGACAGGAUGUCAGUUCCUAUCAUUCUGCCUAACUUCUUGUUUUUGGUUCCAGAGAAGAUGAAGACAAAAUGGUUUGGAACAACGAGAGUGAGUCUAAAUGAUGACAAAAUAUUAAUUUAUGGGUUAACUAUAAUUUUAAGGAUGCUUGCCAGAUCGAGUUUGAAAAUUAGAAGAAAAGUUUGGAAACGUUCCUAGCAAUUAUUACAGAAAAAACCUAAAUGUCUCACAGGCUCAAUUAUAUUAUUAUUAUGUAUAAUACUGCAUAUUCUUAGUUAUGAAUCAAAGCAAGAUCAUGCAUUAUUAAUACCUAAUACACUGACAAAAGAAUUUAGAUCAUUCGUUUUGUUCAAUAAAAAGUGAAGUUGCACCUUAUUUCUCUGUUUAGAAGCACAUUUAGGCUUAUUUUAGUUCAGAGCUUGUUCUCUGACUGUUGUCCUUAAGAAAAACACAUCGCACAAGUGAUUUAUUAGGCAUAUGGCUGUAUACUCGUGCUGCAUUAUCAAGCACGCGAUCGGCAGAGCAAAAUAACAUUCUGUUCAUCAAACGCGAGCAGCACAGCACGAUGCAACAAAAACAAAUUGCUUCCAUUAUAAUACAAUGGAUGUGUCCGCAUGGCGUUGUGACGUGAAAUUGCUCGCGUCCGUUGUAAACAGUUUGUAACAUGGAUUUGCUGUACAUGCAGUGAUGUAUUGCAGCACUGAUAUAAGAAAAUAAAUCCUUAAAAACGGAGAUCAACAGAGCCCAUAUGUACAGAAUCACGCUGAAACUGACCAUUACCAUCACAAACAAGCCCGUGUUAUCAUUAUCACCACAACUUACCGUGUUUUCUUAGCUGAAUCCGUAAUUCUGUAUGCUAAAAUUCCCACUUGUUUUGGUGUUGAAUGAAGGCAUCGCAUAAACAUAACUCUUCGUUUUCACUGUGUGAAAUAAAGAAAGUGUUUGUUGUGAUGAAAUUGAGUCGAGUGACAGAGCAACCCUGUAAAGUUCUGUAAAAGUCCCAUUCAAAAAUCUCUCAAUAAAUUACGCAUUUAUUAACACUCAUAAAGAGUAAAACUUUUCAUUAGAAUUUCACUUGCGUAAGAGUAAAAAGUACCCAUCAUUAAACCUACUCUUAAAAGUACAUUUUCUCCAAAGAGCUACUCAACUAAAUGUAACGGAGUAAAUAUAGCGUGUUGCUCCCACCUCUGGUCACUAAUUAGGUUUUUGUACAAAAACAUGGUAACAAUCGGGACACUGGAUAGGUGUCUGAUACACAUUUGUAUAGUUUUGGCACUGCUGCCAGCUGUGCAUUGUGAAACAGCAUAAAUGGUUAACUGAUGUGAACAAAGCCCUGUCACGGAUAUUUCCUGAUGAUUUGCGGUCAUCUCUGCUUUGCUCCAACAAAAUAGUUUAAGUAUUGAUAUAGUGCAAAUUAGGAUUUUUGUUCCAAAAUUGAUGUUGUGUUAACUACAAAAACAUUUGAGUUGUAAACUUUAGACACUGACGAUUCAGUCGGAUCACUGAAGUUUUUGAAAAUAAAUUUGCAACCUGAGGUGGUAGCGUAGUUAUGCAGCUUUUACAUUUUGGGAUGUAAAUUAAUUUUCAAUAAUUCAGCAAUCGGAGUCCACUUAUACCGCGAUUACCAUAUUUAUGGCACUAUGAUUUCCGUGAUGUGGAUGAAAACACUGAACCCGGUCAUACAAUUUUAAUCAGAUAUAAAACGCAGAAUGUUACGGAAUUUAACAUAUAUGGUAUCAAAAAUAAAAUGUUUGAAUAUACAAGUAAUCAAAUUAAAAUUGUGAUAUGUCCUUGUGUGUUUAUUAAACUGCAAAAGGCUGAGAUUUCAUUAACUGUAUAUAUAAUCUGCAUGUGCUGCAUGCUUCACAAUUAAUUUGUGAAGCAGGCCGCUCAUUCACUGGCAGCACAGAGUCAUUAGCAUCGUGUGCUGUAUGUGUGUAGUAGAUGACAGAAAGCAGAUCGCUCCGAAGAGCGCUGCACAUACAGACUCUUAGUUUAUUUAAAUAAAUCAGCUUUUUGGGGUUUAAUAAUCAAUCUGGCCACAUAGCAAACUGCUAAUCUGGAGGUGAGAAACUUCCAUCAAAAACACACAAAUGGAAAAAUAAAAGCUUGGUUUAAAUGGAUGUGUGAAAUGGGGAUAAAAAGAUAACAAUAUAUUACUUACUGUAAAGUAAUAUAGUCAUUUUUAGACAAAAUUUUGAUGUCUAAAAAUUUUCGAAUACAGAAUAAAUAUUACAAAAAAAAAAAAGCAUUCAGUAACCACAAUAUACAUCAUGACCUCUCGUGUUUUUGCUUCAAUAUUAUUGUUGGGCACAGAAAAUGUCCUUGAAAAUUGUGCCUUGAAAAGAGUGGGAACACUGAUACUAACUAUGCACGAUUAUAUGGUUAGUGCCAUUUUAUUAUUUGCAUUUAGCAUUGAUUUUUCCCUGCUGUCCGCAACCCUGUCAGAACAGACCUCCAAUCCAUUUUUGGAUCACGAGAGGCAGCACAACAGUCAAAGAUGUCCGUCUAAGGCAUGUUUACAUAGAAAAACACUGGAAAAGUAGAUAGACAGCCGCAAAACUUGUUUGAUGUGAACACCUCCUUAAUCUUUCUUCAUCUACACAGACGUGUAUAUACAUCUGCUUGCAAUGAAUGUGUAGUAAGCUGUGUUAGUCUUAAGCAUUACACAGUACUCACUACCAAUAGCAUGACCACAGUAUGCUGCAGAUUAGUUUGAGCAAAAUGUGGGAGAUGUAUAUUGUCAGUAAAUUGGACUUAUGCCAAUGUCUGUUGGCUUUAGCCCCUUAUUAGCCAAGAGGGGGGGAGUUUGAACCAUUGUAAUAACACUGCCAGUGAUUUGACUACUGCCAUGCCCCUAAAUAACACCUCGCCAGUACAUCCACUCACUGGUUGUUGAGUGAUACAGUAUAUUAGGUGAAAAUGCUCAAGUGUGUUACAGUCAUAUGUGCAAACUGAUAAAUGUCUUGUUUGUUAAUAAAAGAAC